GUCGGGCCGGUAUUUUGGUCCGUCGUCGCGCAGCACAAUGUCCGCCGUGUCAGCUUCCAUCGAUCUUUUUUAAUCGACGGGUUCAUCGAUAAUUCAGAAGCGAGCGUCUCCGGUGGCAGCGCGUGGCGCACAGCCCAAGAACAUUCCGAGCGCGAAGAUCCUACGGAAGCGGGUCAAAUCAAAAGCAAAAGCAAAAACGAGAAGCACGGGAAUAGAGAAGGGAGAGGCAGAAGAUGGAAAUAAGUCGAAAGCGGAAUGGUGAUACCACGACGAAGCGGGGGGACAAGGAAGAAACGCGAGAAUCGCGGAGGAGAAAAGACGGAUAGGUGGUUCUCGCUUCCACGAAAGACGACAGAAAAAGGAAGAAGAGGCCGAGCAACGGUGGUCCGCGUGCCGCCGUUGGGUCGGGUCGGGUUAGAUUGGGUUGGGUUGCGUGGGGUUGAGAUAGCCGGGCGGUGGGAGGACGGGUGAUCGGUAGGUGGCAUGCUGACGUCAUCGUAGCAGCAUCAUCAGCCGCGUGGGCCAAUAGGGACGCUCACUCGAGCCAGGUCCAUCGAUCCGCCGGCUGCUGUCGUGUGUGCGUCCCGGGUUAUGACGUCCGUGAGUGACGUCAUCGUUAGCGCCGUUCGCCGUUCGCCGCCGUCGCUACACACGCUACGGUUUUAAUAUAGCGGAGGAACGCGCGCGAUCCGGACUCAGUUACGCGGCGGCCGGCCACCCGUGCGAGAGCGUGUCGCUUUCUUGUUAAACACGUCCGGUGCUGUUUUCUUCUCUCUUCAUCUAUCGCUACUCUCUGUCCACUUUAACUAUCUAUCCUGUCGGGGUGUCCGUCAGUCUGGUGUUUCGCUACUUCCGCGUGCAGCGUAAUCGGCCCGUGGAAACGCGCGUCCAGUGAGAAAACUUGGGAUUACACGCGAGGAAGAAACCCGGUGGUGCAGCCAAGGACGUUUGUGUUUGAGUUUCGCGUGACCAGCGGCAGAGAGGGAGGGCUACCGCGUGGUUUCGCGUACGGGACUCCGUGCGUCUCGUACUACCUUCCCGAUUGCAUUCUGUUGCCCUUGAUACUCCAAAGGGCCGGAGAGGAGGAGGAACUCCGGUACCUUCCGGAAACCUCGAAGUUUCGUGUUACGCUUUUCUGACUGUUUCACGAGAGUUCAUAUUUUUCACGAGAGAAAAGGAAAGGAAGAUCGUCUGAAGACCUCGAAUCUCGUGCUAAGUUUUCGACCGUUUCCUGUUGUCCUCGGUUCUCCAAAAGAAGAAGAGGACGAAACCGAUACCAAACGCGUAGAUCGAGUCGCAAGGUCAGCCGAUCCGUACAGAAGUUCGACACCGUUCGAUAUAGGGAGACGUACACUCCGAAAACUGAAAGAAUGAUGUCGAUAACGGAGGAACGAUAAAUUAGAAGUUGACGAGUUACUGAUCAAGAGUCUGCAUGCGAGUGCCCAAGGCAGAACUGUUCGGGCUCCUUGAUGGAGCGCUGACCUCCGAAGACGUCAGGAAGGCCUCUUCUAGCCCUACGACGGCUCACACAGGUCGGUGAUAACACGUGUGUCGUCGUCGCUUCUGUUUCUGUUUCCAUGUGCUGUGGGGCAGCUACACUCACCGAACGGAGACAGCGAUAACAGCAACGGUAGCCAGCGUGCGGUAGCUGUUACACGUAACGACGUAGAACAGCAGCAACACCCGCACCGCCAGCGGCAGCAACGGCCAGCGACAGCUACCGUUCCAGUUCUUUCUUGCACAAAUCAUUCUUCUACGACCACGACAACCACCGCCUUUACGGUAGCGUCAAGUAUGCUUCUUCUACAGACACAGAGCCCUUUCGGAUGUAGCACGCUAGCAGAUUUAUUGAGCGCGUCGUACUCGGAUCCUGCGGAUGCGGGAAGCUUACCCGAGGAAUUGGACCCAUUUCCGGAACUGCAGCUCGGCAAUCCUCAAGGUGUCCCAACCGCCGACGAGUCGGCACAGUCCCAGCAAGCCGUGCAUCACCAACAACCGCCACAACCGCCUCCAUCUGCAGCUCCUCUUCCCGAAGACGUCCAAGCUGAUUCGCUUAGCUCAACACCCUUGCCGAGCUUCCAAGAGACCUACACAGCUCCCCGGUAUACUAGACAGGAACUUCAAGUCCUCGGCAUUAAGAUGGACGAGGACUGUUAUGACAACCCGGUGUAUCCAUGCGGCACGGGUCACUAUCCCACCGAGUUCUCGCCCACGAUGCCCUACCACGAUCACCAGCAACAGCCUCAGCAGCAGCCGCACCAUCAUCAUCAUCAUCACCCCCACCAGCAACAGCAACCGCCUCCCCAGCCGCAACACCACCACCAUCAUCACCAGGGUUACUUUGCCACGGAGACGGCGCCCACGCCGACAACGGCGGUUCCGUCUCCGUUGAAUCAUCGGCAAGAUUCGCCAUACGGUGCAGCUGUAAGCGUCCCCAUGGUCUACGGACCACCACCGGCCAUAACUGGCGGUGCUACCCCCGUGGCACCUACAGAUCUCUGCCCCAACGUCGACAACGUCGUCGUCAGGACGUCACGAGCGCGACGAGCGUCUUUGCCCACGCAAAGGUUAGAGUCCGUCAGUAGUAGCAGCACAGAAUCCCUAAAAGCACGUGGCGGCAGUGGGACCGGAAGUUCAGUGAGCUCUCCCUCGUCCGGAAGCGGAGCAAGCAAUGAGCGAGCGCCUCCUAGCCCGAGUCAACUGUGCGCUGUUUGCGGGGACACGGCGGCGUGUCAACAUUAUGGUGUGCGUACGUGCGAAGGUUGCAAGGGCUUCUUUAAGAGGACCGUGCAAAAGGCCUCGAAGUACGUGUGCCUCGCCGAGAAAGCUUGCCCUGUUGACAAACGUCGACGGAAUCGUUGCCAAUUUUGUCGCUUCCAGAAGUGCCUGAUGGUCGGCAUGGUCAAGGAGGUGGUCAGGACAGACUCCUUGAAGGGCCGCAGGGGUAGGUUACCCUCGAAGCCGAAAUCACCACAGGAGUCACCUCCUAGCCCACCAGUUUCCUUGAUCACCGCUUUGGUGCGCGCACACUUGGACACCACGCCUGAUCAGGCUAGCCUAGAUUACUCGCAGUAUAGGCAACCUAGACCAGGCGAUCUACCGAUCACCGAAGCGGAGAAAACGCAGCAGUUCUACAAUCUUCUCACCACCUCCAUCGACGUGAUUCGAAAUUUCGCGGACAAAAUACCUGGCUUCACGGACCUACUUCGGGAGGACCAGGAGUUACUUUUCCAAUCGGCAAGUCUGGAACUCUUCGUUCUGCGGUUGGCGUACCGUACAAAACCAGAAGACACCAAGUUGACGUUUUGCAACGGCGUGGUCCUCGCGCUGGAGCAAUGUCAACGCAGCUUCGGCGAUUGGCUUCACAGCAUUCUCGAGUUCUGCAAAGCUCUUCACGUUCUCGACGUAGACAUUAGCGCUUUUGCCUGUCUCUGUGCUCUCACCCUCAUUACUGAAAGGUACGGCCUGAAGGAGCCUCAUCGCAUGGAGCAGCUGCAAAUGAAAAUCAUCUCGUCCCUACGCGACCACGUGACCUACAACGCCGAAGCGCAGAGGAAAGCGCACUACCUGUCCCGGCUGUUGGGAAAACUACCAGAACUGAGGAGUCUGUCGGUGCAGGGCCUCCAGCGUAUCUUCUACCUGAAACUGGAGGACCUGGUUCCGGCGCCGCCGCUGAUCGAGACGAUGUUCGUCGGUAGUCUGCCGUUCUAACUCGCCUCGCCGAGCCAAGCCUAAGAAGGCUGUCGUCGCGUAGGACAAUUCACUCGCGAGAUCCGUGCGGUCGCGUACACGAUUAAGUUUCCUUAGUUCUAAACGUACACGUAGUCUCUACUAUCUUCGUUGCGUGUAUCCUCACAUGGUUUAUCACGAGUGUCGUAAUCGUCGUCCCACGUGUCGGCUCCGAUCGAACACGUACGCGGACACUUUCGACGCUCGACACCCCCAAGGGCUGAGAGACACUUGGACGUUCGAUGUAUGCGUGUGUGCAUGGAUGUUGAAUUCAGACAAAAUUCCCUCAACGUAUGGACGAGCGAACGGCGUUCACUGAACGCGUGGAUGAAUGACUUCGUGAUGUGUCGGAAGAGAGGGGGAAGGGGAGGGGGGACAAAUGUUACUAUCGUUACUACUACUACUAUUACCGCUAUUACUACUUAAAUACUGUACGAUGUAAUGACUAUUCUUGCUAUCGAGAGCGCAGACACCCGAGCAGUCGAUGGUCGUCCCGGAUUCACGGCGAAUCCUCGUGGUCUAGAACAGGAAACCAGCGACGAAACGAACGACGGAUCAUCCUCGUGUACGAGAUAAUCGAGACAACCGAGGGUGCCCAAUCAUGGAGUGUUCACUAAGCUGGCGAUUCGACUAACGGCUACGUUAUAUAUUUCCCCCAAAACGUGCACAAAAAGGAGUAAAAAAAAAAAAGAAGAAGAAGCAGCAUACACAAAUUUUUAUCACUUUUCUACCUACUUUGUAUAAAUUGCCGCGUCAACGAACACCCAAAGUUUCUCUCGUCGCUGGUGCGUUCUAAUCCUCGACGAUCCGUCGUGAAAACGAACUCUCAUCUUACGGUGAAUAAAUGUACUUAUCCGUCGGCGAGGAGGAAGAAAUGCAUUGAGGAUUCGCAACAUAUCAGAGCAACGACGGAAGAGCGAAACACGAGGACGGCAGGGAAGACGAGUUCCCGCUUAAACGUGACGCUCUUCCUCGUUGACAGUUUAGACGUAGAACGUGACUUCGAUCACACUCGAACGUCGCGAUGAUGCUAAAGAACCGUCGUAUCCUUUCCAUUCCCGAUCCCCGUAGGUGUCCGUUACUCGUUCGGAGACGCGUGUCCCUAAGCUUUGGAGGCUAAUUGGUGCUCUGACCCGCUCCCGGGGCGGGGCCCCCCCCCCCGUUGAUCGCAUGGGAUUUAGUAUCAUUGAAAACGUGUGAGUGUCUUCCAAGUCACGCCGGUCGGGAUGGACCCGGCCUCCGAUUACCACUACUCUUGCGUUAAUGUGAUUUUAGACAACUAAGGGAAAGGGAGAGUGAAACGGGGCCCAGGCUCAGCCGAUCUGCUGGCAGCUCGCUGACGCACGAUGCGAUGGGACAACGCUGGGCGAAACGUAACCACCGGUAUCGUGGUUACCGAUCAAUCAUGAUUAAUGUUUACCGAAUGUUCAGAUACGAUUAGCUCCGAAAGAUUGCAAACCACCCGCAUUUAUCGCAAAAGUAAUCGCAAAGUAAGCGCCACCCAACCUUGAUCGUCCUGUGCCCAUCGUCGUCGGUGAGUGGCAACGGCUCCGCAACGGGCCCGGCAUAAAGUUACCUAUUACGUUAUGACAUUUAUUUUUAAUCAAACUAACGUAGAAAGUCCUAUUUAUACGUAUAUCGCGCCGCUACUACUACUUAUAUUAUUACUUACUACUUACUACUACUAUUACUUAUUACUUACCGCUAGGCGUUACGAUCUUACGGCGAUUAUCGCCGCUACUACCACUGUUACCAUCUGCUACCUUCUUACCACCACCUUGUGUUACCAUUCGUCUGCUAAUGCGUAAGAAAUCACCGUCAACGUUAAGCACUCCUCUGCCGCCGCAGUUUCUCCGGUACGGUAGUGUCUCGGAUAUCGAUAGAAUUCGUUGCUCGGAUUCGCGAUCAGGUCUCAUCCCCGCCACUGUUUAUAUUUCUACAGGUCAAACCGCGACAAAAAGAUUCGAAACUGGUCGAAAAACUUGGUCCCAUCGUAUCUCCGUUCAUCGUCCUCUUCGACUCCGUUUGAGAUCGACAAGAAAUUCUCUACCCAUGCUUCGCAUAUAGAUAUAAUCGAUGGUUUUUCAUGUUCUAUGCCAUGCUACUGUAUCACGAAUCCGAUUGACACCGAGAACAGAGAAACAAAUUGAGGCUGUAAACGGUUCGAGGUUACUCGGCGAACCACGUAUCCGGCUAUCCUUAUCCUCGAUCCUCGAUUUCUGGAUGGAUCUCCAGAACGGGUCUCCGGUCAACUCGACCCUUCGUCAAUGACACUUUCCUCUUUUGCGUGUAUGUUACUCGUCGAUCCGUUAAACUACAACCCCAGUAAACCGAUCCAACCGAUACAGCGUUAUACGAGAUAAUCCGAGAUCAUCACAGCGUUAACUUAGCGUGCACCUAAUCGGACAAAGGCUCCGCGUGAUCACGACGCGGGGUUUAUCUUAAGAAGCGACGGAGACACGUUUAAAUACAUGUAUGUGCACAAUAGGUGUAAAAUAAUUACGUGUGUAUACGUUAGUCUAAUGCCGUGUAUAUCUGCAAAUGUUCGACGCUUCGCUGUGAACAUCUCCUGGCUCGAGGUAGCGAUCCUUGGAUCGACGACCUCGAGCCCGAAGCCGUUCUUCAUCGAUCUCUGCGCAAAACAUGGUUCCUCUGGAAAAUCGAUCCAUUUUGUUUCUUUUUUAUACUGUUCUUUCGGUGCUGUGUCUCGCGUAGAAACGAUCCAAUUGAUAGUCUUCGCGACCUCUCGUUACAGAAGAAUACACGGAGAAAAGAACGAUCAGCGUCCAGCUCCAUUUAUCGAGCGACGAGGCUAGGAAAUUCAAUUUUUUUUUUCAAAUAGGGGAACAUUUCGAUCGAAAACUUGUAAUCGAGUUGAGCGACGAAUGCUUUUCUCCGUGCGAACGAGCUUAAUUGACAAACGAUGUCUGUGAAAACGUUUGCGAAUAGAUGCGAUCAAGCCCCCUUAAAGAUCGAGAGGGUCAAUUACUUUUUGUAGGUCCAUAAUAUAUUAUACAAAACUCUGUUCUGAGGAAAGAGUAAUAUUUUUGGAACAUGCUAAGAUAAGUUCCGGAUCUAACAUGUGGGCUCAUCGGAUCAGCUUCCACUUUAGAUGUGACGUUAUGAAUUAUUAAAACAGUUAUCUUUCGUUUGAUAAUUUGUUAACUAUUUAACCAAAUUCUUCUUCAAUUUCUCUUAAAUUUGAUUUCUCAUUCAUUUUUACGAAUUUUGUCAUAGAACUGUGUUAUAAAAAACUUUUCAACAUUACACAUAUACUUUAUAUUUCCAAUUGAACAAUAUUUUGUUAUAUAUGUAUAUACAGGGUGUCCCAAAAAUGUUGUAACACAUUGAAAGGGGUGGUUCGGAAGGAGAUUUGAAACAACUUUUUCCUUAGCGAAAAUGUUGUCCGAGGUUUCGUUGAGGAGAUAUUAACGGAAAACCACGACCAAUCAGAGCGCGCGUAUACCGUUGGAGCGGCCGUGGUAGCGAAGGCUACGAGCUAAGCGGCCGCGUCCAAUGUCCUUCGACGCACGUAAGGUGCUUGUUCGCGUACAAGCGCGGCCGCUUAGCACAUAACCUUCGCUACCGCGACCGCUCCAACGGUAUCCGCGCGCUCUGAUUGGUCAGUGUUUUCCGUUAAUAUCUCCUCAACGAAGCCUCGGACAACAUUUUCGCUAAGGAAAAAGUUGUUUCAAAUCACCUCCCGAACGAUCCCUUUCAAUGUGUUACAACAUUUUUGGGACACCCUGUAUAUUAAAAUAUCGUUAAAUUGAUUUGUAUAUAUUAUUCAAUAUAUUUACAUAUAGCCAUACAUUAUACGAUGUAUAUAUGUAUAUGGUGGUCCACGUAACUUGCACAUCUAGAUUAAUUUCUAAAAUACAAGCUACCUUUCCACUUAGAAUUUCACGUUCUUCAAUACGUUGGCAAAAAAAAUUGUAGCAUUCCAUUUAAAAUAACAAAAUUAAUCUUAAAAUCUCUGAAGUACCUUCGCAUAUAAAAUAAAAAUAUGCACUACAUAACGUAUCCCUUCAAAUCAUGUAACAUCUUCAUAAAACACUUUUUCAUACAAUGCAUAUUUUAGGAGUUGAUCAAGGUGUGCAAAUUGCGUGGAUCACUCUGGAUGUAUAAUGAUGGGACUCCUACCGAUGAGUCCAAGUAGUAGAUCCCAAUCGAAAUGCAUUAAUAUUGGCGUUUGUGUCAAAACUAUGAACCAAAUCAUGAACCGAUCGUUAAAGCAACAAAAUAUCUUAACUAUUUUAUUUUGUUAAUUUGAGGUCCCUGUAAGUGCAAGGCGCGGGCCAAACGGUCCUGCCGACUCACCCUGUGAUAGUGCUUGGAUACGAUCGCAGGUGUUUGAAAAAAAAAAUGAACAAAAUACCCGGCAGCAAGGUACAAGAAAUUUCGAAAGGGUCGCACGAACGCGUCUCCCUUUUCGAACGAAAUUAGGACAGCGCAGUGGAAACGAACGGUUGCACGGAAUUUCUACUGUCGUUCGCUCGGCUGCAAUGAUCGGUGACGAUUAAUUUUUAAUUAUCGGCAACCGUUUCGGCGCGUUGUAAAAAUAGACAAAAGACCGAUCGUUUCCACCGCGUGUAUAGAAGAGCUAAUCGAGUCCGGAAGAGAUUCGGAAGGCAGCAGGAAUUCGUCAAGUAAAACGGUGCUAUUAGGCUAAUUGUGAUCAACG